GCCUGCGCCAUUUUAUAAUAACUUUAUUUUUUAAACUUGUUGAUUUUUUAUUUCAAUAAAAUAAUUACCGUUUUUAGCGAUAAUGGAUGCAAAGAAGCUCCACAUGUGCAAACAUUGCAAGAAGCACUUUUCGAAACGUUCGAAUUUAAAGCGGCACAUCGAAACAAUCCACAAUGCGAGAAAUAAUUCCGAUAUAACAGCGAAAUACAUUUGUCAUUUGUGCUCUAGGACGUACCAGUACAAAAGCACCCUCGACAGGCACCUAAAGACUUGCCGAAGCGAUAAAUACGACCGGUUGAUUCCCAGAGUUAUGCAGUGUUGUUUGUGCAAAGCUUCCGAACUAACCAAAUCGGAGAUGCUCGAACACUACAGCAAAGACCACGACGUCGAUGUAUCCACUACGAAAUUAAAGUUUAGCAGUUUCUCCAAAUUCGAGGAGUGGAAGGAGCAAAUCGAAACUAAUACGAUAUCCAGAUACGUCAAGGUAUCCAUUAACAAACUCAAAAAACGGUUAAUACAAAUCUAUCGUUGCCAUAGAGACGGUUAUUACAGAAGCAGAUCGAAGAACAUUCGGCAAGUUAAAAGACUGGGAAGCAACAAAAUAAACGGCCACUGUCCUUCGAAGAUUUACACUUCGAUGGUUAUACAAACCGGAGAAGUUUACGUGAGUUAUUUACCUACACACGUUGGACACACCAUGGAUUUAGGGAGGAUACGUUUGAAGAGAUCCGAUCGGGAACACAUCGCCUCACAAAUAAAACAGAAAAUCCCAUUCGAUGAUAUAUUAAGGAACAUUCGAGAUAAUUUGGACGAAAACAAUUUCGAUCGGUUACAUUUGCUCACCAAGCACGAUUUGUUCAACAUCGAACAAGCCUAUAAUCUAGGCAACGAAUCUGUCAGGCAUUGUAACAAAGACUCUUUAAGUAACGGGAUUAAUCGGGAAUCAUCUUUCGUUAGAUAUUUCAAAAAACAGGGCGAAUCCGACGACGAGUUGGAAGAUAACGAUUAUUUGUUAAUCAUCAUGAACGAUGCUCAAUUAAAUUUUUUAAAAAAGCACGGUAACAAAUGUAUUUACGUGAAUACCUCAUCGCACGAUUUCCAAUUGACCACUCUUAUGGUAUUGGACGAAUUGAAUCAGGAGUUCCCUUGCAUGUUUGCUUUCAGCAACAGAUCGGACGUAGAAAUUUACAAAAUCGUUUUUAAUAUCCUCAGGAAUAUACUUGACGAGAAACUGUCGCCGGAUAUAUUUAUAUCCGGUUUGUCCGAUGAUUUUUACACAGCGUGGUGUGAAGAAAUGGGACCUGUUGAUACCCGGUUGUUAUCCAGCUGGGACGUCAAAGAAGAUUGGAAAAAAUCCGCUCUGAGUAAAGUUAAAGACGUAGAUAAACGAAAAGCCCUGUUCAAAUCUCUCCGAUGCAUGCUUGAAGAAACCGACGCGGAUAUCUUCGAAGAGUUGCUAGAAAAGUGCUUAGCCGAUUUACAGAACGAUCCGGAAUUUACUACUUUCAGAAGGUAUUUCAUAGACAACUAUUUGGACAACACAGAAGCUUGGGCUAGUUGUUAUCGACAUCACACCGGCUUGAAUUCCAAAAUGUACAACGAACAAGCGGAAUGUAACAUAUACUCGAAAACUAAAUCGACCAAUACCUUAGAAGAAGCAAUCGAUACCGUAAUGAGGAUAGCCAGGGAUAAAUUACACGAACGACUCAUCGUGUUACAUAAAGGUAAAAUAUUUAAACCGCUAAAAGACUUACGACAACGCCACAAAUCGGCUAUAACUUCCCUUUCCGAUGACACUCUGGAGAUUUUCCUCGAACAAGAUGGAACCUACUCGAUGUCUUUCGGCGACACCGAGCAAUACAAAAUCGAAAUAUUGAAAGAACAUUGCGAGUGCUCGCUGCGAUGCACCGACUGCAACGCCUGCAUACACUCUUACACGUGCUCCUGCAUCGAUUCCUGCAUCAAAUGGAACAUGUGCGUUCACAUACAUUUGCUCUGUUUGAAUUUGAAAGGAGGUUCGUCGAGCGAAGAUCGGGGUUCCCGAUUCGCCGAAGACGAGGUCGAAAGGAAGCAAAAGGAAGCCGCCAUAUUGUCUCAAUUGGCUCGGAAAACUGGGGAUAUCGAAGAGCGUAAAGGCAAAAUAUUGGAGGAGUUUCGAUCGUAUUUGAAUUCAGCGACGAGUAGUGAGCAUUGCAAGGUUUUGGAGAAUGCUUUGCUUACUAUCGGACCGGCUUUCGAAGCUAUUAGUUCCACAAUUGAUAUAAAAAACGAAGAUUCUAAAGAGGAGGUGAUAGUGUUGGAGAAAAUUGACAUUUCUUGUCCAAGUUUGGUUUUCUUUAAAAAAGAAUGAUGUAAUGAUAAUAAAAG